AUGAGCUUAGAGUCCUUAUUUCAGCACAUCGUCUUCACCGAGCACCAGGCUGAGGAGAGUCGCCGUUUGAUGCGAGAAGUAAGAUCUGAAAUAACUAGAUGUCGUGAAAAAAUUAAGGAAGCAACAGAGAAGCUGAAUGAAGAGAAAAUCAAGUUGGAAUCUCAGGUUCAGCAGUUUUCUGAAAAAUCCUUCUUCUUACACCUUUUGAAAACUCAUGAAAAUGCUUUAGAAAGACAGUUCAGUGAAAUUACAAAUGAAAGGAAUAUGCUUCUCCAAACCUUUGAGGCUACAAAGAAAAAAGUAAUGGAGGAGGAGGAAAAAUUUAUGAAAGAAAUUACAGACUUCAAUAAUGAGUAUGAAAUAACAAAGAAAAGAGAACUUUUGAUGAAAGAAAAUGUCAAGAUUGAAAUAUCUAACUUAGAAAACCAGGCAAACAUUUUGAAAAUGGAAAUGAAGUCACUGGAACGUGACAGUGGCCCAUUAAAUGAACUCCAAAAACAAAAGAGUGAAUUGAUGCAAGAAUUAUUUGCUCUCCAGAGAAAACUUAAAGCUUUUGAAGAUGAAGAGAAGGAAUCCAUUUGUACUACCAAAUACCUACAGGCAGAAAAAAUAAGAAUCAAUAAAAAGCCUCAAAAUGAUGCAGAAUGCUUAAGACUUAAAAAAGAGUUGGAACUUUAUAAGGAAGAUGACUUGAAAAGUGUUUAUGAAGCUCUCCAAACAGAAAUAGAAUUUUUGGAAUUGACAUUAGCACAGAAAGAUCUUCAAAAAAACAAAUAA